CUACAGUUCUACUUCGGUUCAUCCAGAGAGUCAUCGACACUAGGGUUCAAAUCACUUUGGCGGUCUGUGGCGGCGGCAGCUGCAAUGGCAAUGGAAGACGUUAGGGCUAGCACGGCGUGGGUCGCCGCUCAUUCCUCUCACGUAGCCGUCGAUUCAGCCGGACUAGAGAAAGUCGCAGAGGCAAUGAAAAAUGCAAUUCCCAAAGUUGAGUGGGACUUUGAAGGCAUUCAUUUCUUCGACAAUGGGCCGCUUACUGUCCAGUAUCUUCUCGUUUUGGAUGCGCUGAAUUUCUGUUUCUGGCCAGAUAAGGAUUUAAGUUAUGACCAUCUGGCAUCUGGUUUGAAGGAAGCUCUUGAAAAUGACAAAUCAGCAUUGGAUGCAGACCGUUUGAAGAUGUAUACAGGUCCUCAAUUACGGAAAAUGUUGAAAUGGACCAAGCCCCUACCAUUGGAAGAUGAACGAGUCCGCCUAUUGCAUGAGGUUGGGACAGAGCUCGAGAGAAGUUUUGAUGGGAAGGCAUCCAAUCUGGUGGAGUCUUGUGGAAAAUCUGCUACAACGCUUGUUGGACUAAUCACAAGCCACUUUCCUGGCUUCCGUGAUCACACUGUUUACAAAGGCCGCCAGACUUUCUUGUAUAAAAGAGCUCAAAUAUUUGUGGCAGAUUUAUGGGGUUCUUUUAAAGGUCAACGAUAUGGAGAGUUUAGUGACAUUAGGUCAAUAACUAUUUUUGCUGAUUAUAUUGUCCCGGCUGUGCUUCAUAAACUCGGAGUGCUGAAAUAUAGUUCGGCUCUGGCCGAAAUAAUUGAGACCAACUGUGAAAUUGGUUCAGGCAGUGAGGAAGAGGUAGAAUUGAGAGCAUGCUCAGUAUAUGCAGUUGAGAAAUUGAGGGAGUUAAUUAGUAAGAAGUCUGGACUGGAGGUACUAAGUGUGGAACUGGAUCUGUGGUUAUGGGCUUUUGGGAUCCGAUGCACCUCUCUUCAACACCACCGGACACUCUCCAUAUAUUACUGAGCAAUGGAAUUAUAUAUGUAACACUGAUCUUGCAUUUUUUGUCUUAACCUUAUUUGUAGUGACUGAAGACUUGACAUUUAAAAGUUUUAAUCGUUACCAACUUACCAUUUAAUCAAUUGCGUCAGUUUUGUAUCACACUUUUAACUCAAAAUUAAUGAUACACAAUUUGUUCCCUUUUCAUUUUGUAUCCAUUGAUGAACCUCAUUUCAAUGAACGCACGAGCAGAAUGCAUUUGAAUUGUUGCCUUUCAGUUUAUCACAUUUUAAUUUGUGCAAGUACAUGUUAAAAAGUAUGCUCACUGCAUAUAGGCAGCUGCUAGUGUGAAAUUGUAGUACAUGGAUUUACAGUGGUUGGCAAGUCUCCAUCAUAAGUACACUGUGGGAGUCUGGGAUUCCUUCCUAGCCGCUGGUCUACUGGAGUUCUGUUGGCUUUUGGAUGAAUUACCUGAUCGAAAAUGGCAGUGGGAAUUGCUAGUGUUGCAACAGCAUUAGGGGAA